AUGAAGGAGAGAUCACGAAGUAGUAGCGUGCAAUCGAGGAGGUCGCAUUACUCUCUGAAAUUGGAGACUAUCCCAAUCGAUGAACCGGUGAAGAACAAAGAGGGCAAAAACAGUCUAUCUGGUGUGGAGAGCGAUGAGGACUUCAAGUUCCGUAGGCAUAAGAAUAAAAGAAUAAAUGGUGUACCCUCAUUAGGGGAGAAGUUAGAUGAUCUGCAUAAUGUGGUCUCUCCGAAGAGGAUGGAGAACUUUGACUCCUCGGUGAAAACGGGACAAUUGGGCUCACCGCUGGGCGCGUACUCACAACCUGAAAAACUGACAAACAGUGCCCAAGAGAAUCGUCGCACGCUGUCACAGCCAUCACAUAACUUGUAUCUACAACACCCUGCUGCCAACCAGCCGUACUACGGUCAUAUACCAACGUCCCCGAUGAACCCACAGUACUUUAGCCAACCAAUUAUGCCUCCCAAUCCAUCAUCAAUGGGGCCUCCAUACCCAAUCCCUCAAAAUUAUCAGUCGCAACCGCUACCUCUGAGUGUACCAUUUUUGAACAUGUACCCGCCGAGCUCUGCAAACAGUUAUAACUAUCUAAGGAACAGGCCCGACAGAAAAUCCAUGUCUGAACAGCGUGGUAGACGGUUGUCAAUUGCUUCCCAGAGAGAGGACAGUAUAAUCCUACCGCACGAUGAUGUCCCAGUAGAACAAUUUUACAGACAUUUGGCGUACGCUAGUGUUGAGGACCGUUUGAAACAGUUAUUUACAUGGUGUGCUAAGAGAUCGUACGACAAAAUCUCGCAGCAAUCAGACCGCACACGUGCUGGUGCAGCAUAUUUAGACGCCAAGAAGAUCACAAGUGAAAUUAUUGGCGAGUUUGUCACUGACCUGCAAAAGGGUGCAGAUGAUAUAGCAUGGGAAGUUCCAGAAAGAGAGGUCCCGCAAAACGAGAUCCCAGGUAGCACUGAGGAUAAAGAGGACACUGAAAUUCAGGAGUUGUUUGACGAUGAUCCAACUGACCAACCUGGAGACAACGAUACAACGUACACAUUUGAUGGAUUUAGAGAGAGAAAGUUUUUGAAAAAGAGGAAAGUGGAGAGGCAGAAGAUACGACCUAGGCGUAGGAAUCUUGAGAUAAAAACCUUGCUCCUUAAUCCGAAAAAUGUCGAAAACGAGAAAAACCUAAAAGUUUUGGUCGAAAAGGUAGACAAGCUUCAAGCAGAGCUUGAAGAGUGGAAAAUUCUGUUGGAUGAGCAGGAACCUGCCAAAGAAUGGGAGGAGUUUUCAAUUAGAAGUGAGAAUGAAAGAAAACGUUGUGAAGAAGAAGGUGUUCAGGUUGAGGUAGAUACCAGUAUACUCGAUGAUUUGAAAAGAGAUGUCGAAAACUGUCUGGAUAGACUGUCGGUCCAUGCGCACUUAUUCGACUCUCAUUCAAAGAUGUUAUUAAGCACAACUGUGAAGAAGUUAAAUAUUCUGAAGGAUGAGUUGAAAAGGAGACAGUUCUUCUACGAAAAACCGAUCAAUUCGCAGCUGUUGUUGAGUGAAUUGAGCAAAGCUUUGAUAAAGAGAUGA